GGUUUAAAUAAAGCUUUGGCAGAACGCGUGGGUGAUAUUUCUGGAAGGAAGCUCCUGACACGCUGAAGUAGCACUACCCUGUUUAAAGGGAUCAUUUUGAACACACUGCGCUGAGCUUAUUUUUGUAUCUACAUUCAACUUUACGGGUAUCGAAGAAAAGACCCCUAAAAUCAUGGCAGAGAGUGACUGGGACACCGUGACUGUGCUGAGGAAGAAGGGCCCGACUGCUGCCCAGGCCAAGUCCAAACAGGCUAUCACUGCUGCUCAGAGACGUGGGGAGGAAGUCGAGACAACCAAGAAAUGGUCUGCUGGGCAGAACAAACAGCAUCUUGUGACGAAAAACACGGCCAAACUGGACCGUGAGACAGAGGAGCUGCACCAUGACAGGGUUUCUCUGGAGGUGGGAAAGGUUAUUCAGAAGGGCAGACAGGAUAAAGGCCUGACCCAGAAAGACCUGGCCACUAAAAUCAAUGAGAAGCCUCAAGUCAUUGCCGACUAUGAGUGUGGGAAGGCAAUCCCCAACAACCAAGUCAUGGGCAAGAUAGAGAGAGCAAUUGGGCUGAAGCUGCGCGGGAAGGAUAUUGGCCUACCGCUGGAGGCAAAACCCAAGAAGAAAUGAACACAAAGCCUCGAAAACAGCCCCCCCCCCCCCCCCACAAGGUCCCCUCAUUCCCUGACCCCUGUCCCAACCUCCGGCAUCCUCCCCUCGUCUCUCCCGCAUCCCUCCCUCUACCUGGGCUGAUCUCACCUGCGUCCUGCCUGAGGACCCGGUGCUCCACCGCAUCACAAGCUGCAGACUGACAAGUCAUCUUAAACACUCUCUCUACCACCUAAUCUAACAAAUGAUCGAAUGCAUCACAAACUCUGAUGUUCUGUGUCUUUCUUUUCACUCACUUCUGCUUCUAGGCUUUGGCAUGAUGAACUCAACCUUGGUGGUUGCGUUGUAAAAUCAUUAAAAAGGUGGAUUAGUUUUCAUGACCAAUCAGACUAGAUUGACUAACGUGGAUUCAGAGCAUGAUCUUAAGCCAAAAGUGCUUGACUGCAUCGUUUUCUCACACACUUCAGACAGUGGGUGAAUGUCAUUACAGUGUUGAAAUGUUUUAAUGCUGUGCUUUGUUUUGAUCUACGAAUAAAGUUUGGCAAGUCA